GUGUUCCUCUUCGUUGGAUCUGAUGCGUUCAACUGCUGCACAUUCCUCUCAAGUACCUAUCUCCUGGCUGGGACUCAGGAUGGGAACAUUUAUCACCUGGAUGUGAGAAACACCAAUGCUCCAAUCCAGGUCAUCCACAGGUCAGGAGCGCCGGUGCUCUCAUUGCUGCCGUACCGAGAUGGAUUUGUCGCUAGCCAAGGUGAUGGAACCUGCUUUAUCAUUCAGCAAGACCUCGAUUAUGUCCUCGAUCUCACAGAAGCUGACUGCGACCCUGUGUACAAGGUAGCUUCUUGGGAAAAGCAAAUUUACACAUGCUGCAGAGACGGGAUAGUGAGGAGAUAUCAACUUUCUGACCUUUAA